AUGAGACCUGAGGCACGAGCACCAGCUAGGGCUUACGUUAUUCACGCGCGCGAGGAUGCUUCUGCGUCAAAUGUUAUUACCGGUACUGUCUUUAUUUAUGAUACUGAUAUAACUGCUUUGAUUGAUUCGGGAUCAACCUAUUUAUAUGUGUUUAUGAAUUUAGUGUCUAGUAAAAAAUUACCUGCUGAGUCCACUGAAUUCGUUGUUAAAGUGUCAAACCCCUUUAGUCAGUAUGUGCUAGUUGAUAAAGUCUGUCUACAUGAUGAUGUGGUAAAUUGUAGACGAAAGCUUAUCGUAAUAAAAUGUCAGAAUGGUGAGAUGCUUUGUAUUGAAUCAGAAAAUCUCAGUGGGUUGCCUAUUGUGAUAUCAACUAUGUCAGCACAGAAGUAUGUGAGAAAAGAGGAGUUACCUGGAUUACUACUGAUUAGAGAAGUCAAGUUUGCUAUAGAACUUGUACUGGAAACAUCUCUGAUAUCGAUAGCACCUUAUAGAAUGGCUCCUACGGAGUUAAAAGAGUCGAAAGUACAGUUGCAUGAGUUGAAAGAUAGGGGUUUUGCUCGACCCAAUUUUUCACCUUAG